GGCUGCUGUGCACCAUGCACAUCACCCAGCUCAACCGCGAGUGCCUGCUACACCUCUUCUCCUUUCUGGACAAGGACAGCAGGAAGAACCUUGCCAGGACCUGCUCCCAGCUCCAGGACGUGUUUGAGGACCCCGCACUGUGGCCCCUGCUGCACUUCCGUUCCCUCACAGAACUCAAGAAGGACAACUUCCUCCUGAGCCCGGCGCUCAGGAGCCUCUCCAUCUGCUGGCACUCCAGCCGCGUGCAGGUGUGCAGCAUCGAGGACUGGCUCAAGAGCGCCCUCCAGAGGAGCAUCUGCAGCCGGCACGAGAGCCUAGUCAGUGAUUUCCUCCUCCAGGUGUGCGACAGGUGCCCCAACCUGGCAUCCGUCACGCUGUCGGGCUGCGGCCACGUCACCGACGACUGCCUGGCGCGUCUGCUGCGCUCCUGCCCGCGCCUGCGCGCGCUGCGCCUGGAGAACUGCGCGCGCGUCACCAACCGCACGCUGACGGCCGUGGCGGCGCACGGGCGGGCGCUGCAGACGCUGCACGUGGACUUCUGCCGCAACGUGAGCGCGGCCGGCCUGCGCCGCCUGCGCGCCGCGUGCCCGCGCCUGACUCUGCGCGCCGAACACAGCGCGGCCAUGAUCCCCGAUCAGUUCCCGCGCGGCCUGCGUUCGCCCGGCGCUGCCCUCCGCAAGCAGCUUCUGCGCUAGGCCGGGCGGGCCGUGUCUGGGACACCGGCCCUGGGCCUCCGGGCGGGAGGAGUGGCCUGCAUUGAACAACAGCCCCUAGACAGCCGCCACAUCCUCAGCCAAGACGGGGAUACGAGCGCCUCCCGCACAUUACGAUUUUAUACAUUGGCUCAGUGCAAGAUUUGAUGGCCAGAUGCUUGAAAAACACUCUGGUGUUCCUCACUAAACACCAGCACCCUUCCCUGUCUCCCCUAAGCACCCGGUUCUCCGCCUGGCGCUGCGCGGGAGCCCUUAGCCCAUACUCCCCGGCUGAGGUUGCAGUUGGGGGGGGGGGUGUCUAAAUAACAGCCGU